UCACAAAGUUAUCAAAGUGUCCAGCCCAUCAAGGUUAAAUAAAUAAGUUUAGACCUAUAAAUAAUAAGUCGCUAACACCUGUUUAGUCUUCACCAUGAACACCUUCCUGUCUCUCGUGAUCCUGAGUGUGAGUCUGCCCGCCUUGCUGGCGAGUCCAGACUACCGUGCGCUGUGGCAGUUCAGGGAUAUGAUCCUCUGUACCAUCCCUGACAGCAAUCCUUUACUGGAUUACGCAGACUACGGAUGCUACUGUGGACUGUCAGGCUCGGGCACCCCCGUGGAUGCACUAGACAGGUGCUGUCAGGUGCAUGAUCAAUGUUAUUCUGAUUCUUGGCAACAUGACGACUGCUUUGGUAUCGCAGACAACCCCUACACUCAAGUCUACUCAUUCUCAUGUGACACACCGGCAAUGAAAGUCACCUGCCAUGCUGACUCAAAUCGCCCCUGUGAGAUGUUCAUCUGUGAAUGUGACAGAAAAGCAGCCGAAUGCUUUGCACAAGCAGGUUACAACCCAGAGUACGAGCACUAUCCUAGUGAAAAAUGCUAAUGAACUAAAACUUGAUAAAGGAUUAGGAUUGUCUCAUUAAAGACAGCAAUGGUA